ACGCCAUCAACACAACACCCCCAGAGGGCCAGGCAGGUCUCAGCGGCAAGUGCUCGCUGUAGUGCACUAUAUUAUGGUCCUGUGAGUGACACUGGCAGCCGUAAGUGAGGUGACGGUCCUGUGUCACUGGCAGCAGUAAGUGAGGUGACAGUCCUGUGAGUGACAUUGGCAUCAGUAAGGGAUGUGACGGUCCUGUGAGUGACACUGGCAGCAGUAAGUGAGGUGACAGUCCUGUGAGUGACAUUGGCAUCAGUAAGGGAUGUGACGGUCCUGUGAGUGACACUGGCAGCAGUAAGUGAGGUGACAGUCCUGUGAGUGAUAUUGGCAUCAGUAAGGGAUGUGGCGGUCCUGUGAGUGACACUGGCAGCAGUGAGGUGAUAGUCCUGUGAGUGACACUGGCAGCAGUAAGUGAGGUGACAGUCCUGUGAGUGAUAUUGGCAUCAGUAAGGGAUGUGACGGUCCUGUGAGUGACACUGGCAGCAGUGAGGUGAUAGUCCUGUGAGUGACACUGGCAGCAGUAAGUGAGGUGACAGUCCUGUGAGUGUCACUGGCAGCUGCAAGUGAGGCGAGUCCUGUGAGUGUCAGGCAGCCACAAGUGAGGUGACGGUCUUGUGAGCAAUACUGACUGGCAUCUAUAAAUAAGACGGUAUACGUCUUUAUAAAAUGGAGGAUCCAGUUGAAAAAACACACAGCUUGGUUCAUCUCGACUUGAAAGGAGCUCCACCAAGACUUGGCUACUUUGAACAACUGUUUCCACUUCUGUCGUCAUUUGGUGCCACUGGUUUACUGGUGGAGUAUGAAGACAUGUUCCCUUACCAUGGCCAGCUGGCACACUUAAGAGCACCUCAUGCCUACUUCCCUGAUGACAUUGUUCAGCUACACACCCUCGCAGCAAGAAAUAACCUCAUUAUCAUCCCAUUGAUUCAGACAUUUGGACAUUUUGAGUUUGUGCUAAAACACGACGAGAACCGAGCUGUUCGGGAAAUAGAGCGCUACCCUAAUGCUCUUUGUCCAACCCAUCCAGAUGCUUUCCCAUUGGUUUCCAGACUAAUUACACAGGUGGUUGAGUUACAUCCUAAUGAUCAAUUUUUUCACAUAGGAGCUGAUGAGGUGUGGCAUGUUGGUAAGUGCCCAAGGUGCCAGGAGGAGAUGGAAACCAGAAAAAUGUCCAGCAGUGAUUUAUUCCUAGCUUGGGUAUUCAAAGUGGCUUGCUGGAUCAAAAAGGAAUACCCGCAUCUCACCAUUGUUAUGUGGGACGACAUGAUGCGAAACAUGCCUCUAGAGAAACUUAAAAGCAGUGGGCUCGGUGAGCUUGUUGAGCCCAUGGUGUGGCAGUAUCAGGCCAAGAGGUUUGAUCUACCUUCAGAUGUAUUUAAUCGGUAUUCAGCGGUGUUUGAUGGCAUAUGGGUGGCUAGUGCAUUCAAGGGUGCAACUGGCAGCACUCAGUUCCUACCCCCAAUCCAGCACCAUAUCAACAAUCAGCUUACCUGGAUCAGUGUUUUAUCCGAGUUCAAACAUCAGUUUAAGAUUUACCGAGGUAUAGCUCUCACUGGCUGGCAGAGAUAUGAUCAUUAUGCUGUACUGUGCGAGUUAUUACCUGUAGCCAUACCCUGCUUGUGUUUAUGCCUGAGAGUACACACCCAUGGAUCAUUCACAGAGUCUGAUCACGACUUUGUCUCCCAGUCGUUGGGUUUUUCCCAUCGCAUCAAUGUCGUGCCAUUUCCUAGGCCUCAAGUUAUAGAGCAGAGUGUGUCCUUCCCCGGUCACAAGAUCUUUGUUGGGAUACAGAUGUGGUCAAACUUCGUGUGCAAGUAUCAGGCAAUAAGCAACUCAGAAGGAAUGCUGGGCUGGUUCAGUGAUUAUCUGAGAGCCAGGAAUUUCACAAAUCCUGUCCAAGUGGAAAACAUAAUGAACUCAAUUAACGAGGUUUAUGAAAAUCUGAGUGAACUGAGGACUCACCUCAUUCCUUGGUUGAUGGAAGUGUUUUACAAGGACACGGUGGACGAGUGGAUUGGCUCGUUUGUCGACCCGAUCCUUGAGAAGCUCAAGAGCGUGAUAGACGAGUGCAAGAAGCAAAUUAUGAUUGGUGGCCGAGUCAGAGAUUACAAGAAGAUUGAAUAUUAACUGAAAAGCAUGUGCUGCUGAAUAAGUUUACUUCACGUCUUAUAUUUACAGUACUGUAUUUGCACAAGCAAUUACUUAGAAAAACUACAGUUGGCCAUUUAAUGCCUGUAACCUUUGAUGUAAAUGCUUCAAUUUUAUAAUGUAGUUAUAUCAGGGAGGUGAUAGGGAUAUAGAUUGGGAGAAGUAUUAGGGAUAGGGAUAUCGGGAAAUAAAUGUUAUUUGAUUAUAAGGUAAUAACUUCAUUAUUACGGUAGCAUUACAUGUGUGUGGACCGCACUUGUUAGUGCCAUGACAUUUGGGUCACUGUGGGUAAAGUGUGCAAAUGUUUGGUUAGUGUGACCACCAGUGUUUGGGGGAUAGAGUGGCCUUGAUCGGAGCAACAUUGGAACGAGUCAGUGCCCACUACGACCCUGGAUGUUCAUAUUUAUUGAAUUUUAUGUAUUAUAAUUUAAAUACUUGUAUUUACAGUAGGGCCUCCCUGAAUUAAUUUGUGUACUGUACAUAAUAAUAAUGUUUACUCAGGUAAAAGUACAUACAUAUAAGAUGAGUUACAAACAGAAUGUUGGAUUUCUAGAUAGUGCUAGUAUAUACUAAGCCUAAAGCCACUAGUAUGCACAGCGUUUCGGGCAAAAAUGGUAUGACAGUGAGUGGUAGGAAAUACAUUCCUUGGGAGCUGACGUGUGCAUACAGGAACAGGACAGGUUGAUCACCCCUUCACAAGUGUGUGUACAUACCAAGUAUUGCAGCUAGAUUGGUUUUCAUUAUUGUUCCCUUAUUCUACAUUUGUUCUACUAUAUUUUUAUCGAAAUUAAAAUAAAUGUAAUUUUCUAAAUGCACUAUACAGUACUAGAUUUGUUUUGGUCUUUGAGGCACUCAAAGAUAAAUCCACUUUUCAGGGCUUACCAAAGCACUCAACACUUUUUACUUAUUUUUAUUGAACUCUCCAUCAUUUUGUCUAAACAUUUAUAAGAUAAAAUUGUUUAAUUUUAUAAUAAUAAUAAUAAAAAAGCACAUCCAUUGGAAACAGCUCUUUUAUAAAUGCUGCAGCAUAAGUGUUAAUGGAACACAGAUCUGCACUUUACUAUCAGAAUUGUGUUGUUCCAUGUUGGAUAUCUUGAUUUCCAGGAUGAUACAAGAUUGUGCAAUUACCAUUGUUCCUAUGUCCCUCAAUAAAAUCAUCGGUGAAUUCAACUUUAACAUUACAGUACUGUACUGUAUAGUGUAGAUGAUUCAACUAGACUCUUUACAAUACUGACAGAAGGACAGUACUGUAGAUACAACAUAGCAAACAUAUAUUUGAUAUAAAUCACACUACAUGAAGUAUGGUGAGAUGGUGUUAAGAGAUGUCUGUAUGGCCAAGUUGGGGGGGGCAGAGUUGAGAGACAAUAUGCUAGGUCAGGCUUGGCUCUGUUUACCAGCUAGUCCCCCACUUGCUGAUUGAUCGAGAAGCAGCAGCAGUUUAAGCCCUGGAAAGUGUGCGGACGUAAGGGUAGUGUUAUGGAUGCCGAUAUAGUUGCUACAACAUUGAUUAUAUCACAUCUGUCUUCACUUGUAUUGGCACCCUGAACUCUUGAAUAUUCUGAAUUGAAUAUAUGAAUAGGAACUCUUGAAUAUUCUGUGACACUACAUAGCUUUUCAGGGCUUAGCACUUUUUGAUAAUUACUUAUUGUUGUACUGUACCAGUAUUUAUUUGCUUAUCUUUUUGCUUUGCUUGAUGGUAAAUAUUGAAAAUUAUGAAAAUUAUGAAGUGUGUGUAUUAUAUAUAUUUGGUCUGUGUAAUAUUAAGAAUGUAAUACAAUCAGUGGUUUAAUACAGUGCUUAACUAAGGUUGCUUUUAAUUAGCUGAAUACUUGAAUAGGAAAGACAUGAGUUCAGUUUACUGCAAACCACUAUUCGGGAUAAGAAGUAUACAUGUUUCUUCAUUAGCAUGUAAUUGUGAUAAAUUCCAGAUAUGCAAAGGUUCUAGGGCCAAACUAAAUAACUUUUGGAGCGAGAUGAAAGGAUAUCGGACAAAUAAUGACUAAAUUUAAAGUUUUUAUUCACAGUAUUAUUAAAGAACCUGAUACAAAUGAGCAUUGACCAACAAUGGUGAUAGUGAUUCAUGGUAAGGGUGGAUGUAAGUGUAGUGUUAACAAGAAGGGCGAGUGUUGAGAGAUGACUCUAUUAACAAACAAGAUUAAACAGCAGGUUGACGUAGUAGUUGUGUGUGAAAAGCAAAUAUAUCUGGUGACACAAAGGGAAGGUUUUACUGGUAUUAGUUUCCCUGCUCUGGGCAGGUUAUGCGUGAGUAUCUACUGGAAAUGUAGCAAACAGAAAACAAAAUACUGUACUGUAAAUAACAUAAAAAGUAGCAAAAUUUUAAUUUAAGUGCAAAGUGUGGUAAUGAAACUAGUUCUGUAACAUAAUUUGUUCAAUAAUAGUUAUUAAUUGUGUAUUAAAUGUUAUAUUUAUUAUAUUUAACUUAAACAUAUUAUGUUUAAUUAUACAGUACAUGUAUAUUAAUUGUAUUGUACAGGAAAAUACUGGUUUGUAAACCGUAUGCUUCCUGCCGGUAUGAAGAUUGUUUUAGUCCACUUUAUAAGUGAAGCUCUAUAGUAUUUCUAUUGUUUCACACUGGAACAUAAAUGUGAAUGUGACA